AUGAAGACAACAGCCCUCGCCCUCGCAACAGCCCUGCUGGGCGCGGCGGGCGCCCACGCCCACGGGCCAAAGACGGCCGGCGAGGUGGCCCAGUUCCUGGACCGGCAGACGACGGCGUACCACUGUGCGCCGCAGAUUGCCGUGCUCGAGGGCCAGCGGAAGCGCAGCUUUGCCCAGCGCGUCCUGGGCGGCGACCCCACGUCGCACCAGCAGCUGUUUGCCGCCGGCUACUUUGAGCCCGAGUCGAUGAUGCUCGAUGGCGGCGCGGGCCUGGGCGACGUCGUGCGCAAGGUCGAGGCCGAGAGCGGCAAGAAGCUCAUGGCGUGCGAGCCCGUCACCGAGACAAAGAUCCGCAACUCCACCUGCGUCCUCGCCCCCGAGGUGACCGAGGGCCCCUACUACCACACCGAGGGCCACCCGAUCCGGAGCAACAUGGCCGAGUGGCAGCUCGGCCUGCUGUUCAUGAUGAACGUCGGCGUCAUCGACGUCGAGACGUGCGAGCCCGUGCAGAACGUCCUCGUCGACCUCUGGCACGCCAAUGCGACGGGCUACUACGCCGGCCACCCGGACCCGCGGCCGGACCUCGUCAACGAGGAGCCGGCGUCGUCGGGCCCGCGCAAGGGCCUCCUCUCGGCCUACCCGCGCACCAACGACGAAGAGACGUGGCUUCGCGGCGCGCUGCCCACCGAUGCCAACGGUGUCGCCGAGUUCACCUCCAUCUUCCCCGGCUACUACCAGGGCCGCGCGACGCACGUGCAUGUCAAGGUGCACCCCGAGUGGAGCGUGCUGCCCAACGGCACCUUUGUCAGCGGCCGCCUCGCGCACACGGGCCAGUUCUUUGUCGACGACAAGCUCAACAUGGAGAUCGACAAGCUGCAGCCGUACAACGAGAACCCGCUGGCGCACAUGCCCGGGCGCAAGCGCACGCGCAACUGGGAGGACUCGCUCCAGAUCUUUCAGCACUCGUUCGACGGCGGCUACAUGCCCACCUUUGACAUCCAGCCCCUCGGCGGCGUGCUCCAGCAGGGCCUCAUCGGCUACGUGACCAUGGGCGUCAACAUGUCGGCGAGCUACGAGGCCAAGUGGACGCCCAACUCGGGCCGCGGCAUGGCCAAGUAG